UCUCCAAAACCUCGGCCCUCUAAUCCAUGAUCGAGGGAGCGGUUAACCCAGACGGUUACCUCUUUCAACACAGAUGAACGUGUUAGAAUGGAACCUUAGAAAAGCCCCCACCACCUUCCAUCGAUCAGUACGUGCAGUGAAACUGCUUCCUUCGAUAAAAAGGCCCUAAAUCAGCGAACCAAAAACCAUGAGGGUGAUCAAAGUCUCUUCCUUUCUAAGAGCGGGUUCCCAAUUCCUGGACGUCAUGGAAGAGCUGUUCAGCAAGUCCUCCCUCCGGUCCUACUUCGCCGAGUUCAUCUCCACCUUCAUCUUCGUCUUUGCCGGUUUGGGCUCUGCGAUCUCUGCCGGCAUGUCGGCGGCCCCCGCGGCUGGCGCCACUGGGGAGAAUUGCCACAUCCUGGUGGUGGCCAUGGCGCAUGCUUUUGCCCUGUUCGCGGCGGUGUUCACCUCGGCUCAUAUCUCCGGCGGCCAUGUCAACCCAGCAGUGACGAUGGGGCUGGUAAUGGGAGGUCACGUCAGCAUUCUGAGCGGAGUUUGUUUCUGCUUGGCUCAGCUCUUGGGUUCCACCAUUGCUUGUGUCCUCUUGAUGCUCCUCACACCAGGCCAGGCGAUACCGCCAGGUGAGUUAGCUCCACACGUGACGGGCAUGGGCGGCACGGCGACGGAGUUCAUAGGGACAUUUGCUCUCGUCUACACAGUCUGCGCCGCAAGAGACCCGAGAAAGGGACCGCAUGGGAUAGCAGGCCCCACGGCGAUCGGGUUUGUAUACGGAGCGAAUUUCAUGCUGACCGGGCCAUUCACCGGCGGGUUCAUGAACCCGGCUCGGUCUUUUGGGCCGGCAGCAGUCACCGGAGACUUCAGCAACCACUGGGUUCAUUGGGUCGGGCCCAUUGCGGGCGGCGGAGUAGCUGGGUUGGUCUAUGAGAGCCUCAUGUCGCAGGGCAGCGGGAGUGACCACGUUAGUGAUCAAGCCGAUGUGGUUUAAGGGUUAAAGGCUUUUAGAUUUUAGAUUGCUGAACGGGGCUAAAUCUUUCGAUUCUUUGAUUUGGU